AUGCUAGGCAACACGAGCGUUCGCUCGCUCGCGCGCGCACGAGCCCAGGUCUGCCAGGCAGCAGUUCGAUCGUUUGCGUCGACGUCCAAGGUGCGACUCGACUCGCCAGCGCGGUCGGGAGAUGGGAGGGAGGCGGGGCCGUCGUCGGUGCACGCAUCCGAGAUCGAGCACUUUAGCCGGCUCUCGUCGCAGUGGUGGGACGAGCAUGGCGAGUUUGGUCUGCUGCACGCCAUGAAUCCGGCGCGCAUCCAGUUCAUGCGCGAGAAGCUCGACGAGGUAUGGGGCUACGAGCGUGCGCUUCAACAAGUCGCACCGGCCAUCUCCUCGGUGCCUACUUCGUCGUCAUCGGCACGGAAUCCGCUUUCGAAUCUGGGCAAGACGCGGUUUCUGUCGGGACUGGAUGUUGCGGACAUUGGGUGCGGCGGUGGUUUGCUCAGCGAGUCGCUAGCCCGGCUGGGAGCACGUACAACGGGCGUGGAUGCGAGUGCGAGCAACAUCGGUAUUGCUACAACACAUGCCUCUCGAGACCCACUCCUCUCUCGCCCCCACUCGCUAGGUGGAUCCUCGCUCACCUAUCUCCAUACGACCGCGGAGCAGCUCGUUGCGGAAGGACGACAGUUCGACGUGGUUUGUGCGAUGGAGGUGCUGGAACACGUCAAUGGUCCUGCGGACUUUAUGCGCUCGCUCGAUCGCCUGCUCAAGCCCGGUGGACAUUUGUUCAUGUCGACCAUUGCGCGCACACCGCUCUCGUGGUUCCUCACCAUCUUUAUGGCCGAAGACGUGCUGCGCCUCGUCACCCCCGGCACGCACACACACAGCCAGUACAUCAACCCGGACGAACUCAAGCGUUUCGUUCAGAACGAUCUCAAGUGGUUCGCAAAGGGGUCCAAGUUGCCACAACGAAUGCACUUCGAGGUGAGGGGAACCGCCUAUCUCCCUUGGAAAGGUACCUGGAGUCUGGCAGCACCAGAAAGCGCCCUUCCAGCGACUCAGUGCAACUACUUCGUCUGGGCUCGUAAACCUCUCAAGCCCUAA